CAUUCAUUCAUUUAUUGCGCGCACAAGUGUACGGUUGUUCGAGGCCGAGGCCGCUAUCAGUGAAUAAUAUUUUGUCGUUAAAAUGUGGUGAAUACGUCGCUGUAAAUAAAUACAGUGUUCUUUAAUGUUGAAAGUAUCAAGACUUGGUAAACGUUAGUGAUUACUGUGGUUAUUAUAUAUAGUGAAUUGACUUGUUGGAAUCUUAUUGGAUUGGAAUGAUAUAAACAAGGGCAACGAGGGUCUGGCGUAUCAAAAUGACAUCUCCGGGCACAGGAGGCACGCGGCUCGGCAUGCAUGCGGCUAUGGCGAACCAGAUGGGACUCGGUGUCGCCGGCACCGAAUUUGCCGUGACCGCGUCGGUCCCGACCAUGACCGCGGUUACGUACGACAUGCACACCGUAGGGGAUUCGUCCUCGGACUCGCAUUCACCCGAAAUGCCGACCGCCAAGGCUAGCGACCGCGAGUCGCGUAUAAUUGCGGAAAAGCAUCGUCGGAGCCAGUAUAACGCACAGAUAUCUCAAAUGAUGUCUCUAUUAUCGGACAUAGUCCACCCACAGCGUAAGAUGGACAAAACGAGCGUGUUGCGGCUGGCGGCAAACAAACUGCGCAAUGAGCAUGUGUUUGGCAAUACGAUCACCUGCUGCCACCUCGAGACGUGGUCUAGCGCCUUCAUCAAGUACUUUGAUCUAAUCGGCGGUUUUCUGUUCGCCGUGACUUGCCGCGGUCGUAUAUUUAAUGUAUCUCCAAAUGUCCAGGAAAAGCUCGGAUAUUGCCAUAUAGAUCUCUUAGGUCAGGAUGUUUAUAACUACGUUCACAAUGAUGAUAAAAUGACACUUCGACAGCACAUUUACCCACCUGAAUUGCAAGCUGGCUAUGACCAGAGGUUAUUUGAAAAGCAUCACAGUUUCCAUAUCCGCAUAAUGAGGGCAGGGGCUAAAUCGGACACUCCCCGCUAUGAGCAGUGUCGCAUCGAUGGUAAGCUCAGGCGCUCUGACCGUGCCACUGCAAGUGGAGUUCAAGAUGAACAAAUUAUAAGGAGGCAGCGAGUGAGGCACCACAGAACAUUUUCAUCUAGUGGCAAUGACUUUGUUUUCAUUGGCAUGAUACAUGUUUUAUCAAGUGCCUUGCCAGCACGUAUUCUGCCACCAACGGCCUAUUCAGAAUAUUGGACAAGGCACCUAAUAGAUGGUCGCAUAGUACAAUGCGAUCAAAGCAUAUCCUUGGCAGCUGGUUAUAUGACAGAAGAAGUCACCGGUACUUCAGCAUUUGUAUUUAUGCACAAGGAGGAUGUCCGCUGGGUAAUUUGUGUCUUGAGACAAAUGUAUGACCAAAGCAAGGAGUUUGGAGAAUCUUAUUACAGAUUGAUGACACGCUCGGGUCACUUUAUUUAUAUGAGAACAAGGGGCUUUCUGGAAAUUGACAGGGACAGUAAAAAGGUGCAAAGUUUUGUAUGUGUAAAUAGUGUAAUCAGUGAAGAUUAUGGACAGAGAAUGAUGGAGGAAAUGAAGAGGAAAUAUUCAGUGAUAGUAGAUAUGGAUAAACAGGAGCCUAAAGUUCCAGCUAUUGAUGAUGCACCAGUGGAGCAUCCCAAGAGCUUAGAACGCAUAGUAAUGCAUCUGGUGCAGCCAGCGGCCAGUGAAAGUGUUGAGGAGCUCCAGCUGGUAGCACCAUCCAAGGAGAACAUUAUUACCGCCAUCAAAAAUAGUGAAAAAGUAGUGCAGGGCACUGGUGUUAGUUUUGAUUCACGCAAAAGAAAACAAUCAGUUUAUGAUGACAAUAGUGAACAUUACAAACGUCACACUGGAUUAUAAGGUGACUAUGAUCUUUAAUUUAAUUAUGUAAGUUUUGUGAUUUGUGUUCCUAAGAUUUUUCAAGUAGGUACCUACAUGUGUAAGACAUAAUUUCAUUUCAAAAUUUCAUGUGUGACAUGGUUGACCAAAUAUAGAUAGUUGCCAUCAGUUGUGGAAACUAAUGAUACUAUAAUAAAUUGGCAAUGUAAUAUUUUGAAAUAUUUGAAUGCUUACACAAUUUCUGACUAAUCUUUUCAUCUGUUAUUUUAUUUUGGUUUUAUUACAUCUUUGACUUUGUGGAUUAAUCAAUAAGAAUUUAUUUUGUAAAGUUCGACAGUCACUGUUAAUUUGUAAUGUACAGAGAUGUUUGUGAAUGGAAAUUAAUGAAUUUAAAAUGAAUGAUUCAAAUUCUUAUAAUUAACAAUAUGGUUGUAUAACUUGUACAGCUGUUUACUAAACUUUCCUAUCUAAAUAUAGUUGAAAGUUUCAUUGAAGAUAGGAAGUGAAAUUAUCUGCCUAAUUAUUGAUUGACUUUUAUUUAUUGUAAAUAUAGUAUAUUAUUUUUGAGUUGUCUGAAUGAAUUUUAUUUUAAAUACAUGUUCUGUCAAACAGCAUUGGCUUGUUUUGUGUCUUGUCUAUCAUCAUCUAAUUAUAGUUUCUGUUUCAUUAUAAAGUUAUGCUGUAAAAGUCCGAAAUGUGGUUAAUAUUAGGUCCUAGGGGUAAAUUCUAAGAUGGCCAACUUGCGUUACUAAAGCGAUUUAACGGAAUACCAAAUAUUAUUCAAUUUCGUUAAUACUGAACCGAAUAUUCGGCUGAACUGUCCGGUUUCGCGCUACGUCUAACUAAACAAUCUGUGAAAGUAACCUUUUGGUUAAGAUAGAACUGGUUAUUUAUAAGCAGUAAUUAUACCAAUAUAUGCGGCACUAAAAACUAAUAUUCGGUCUAAUUCAAAUGUUCGGAUUUCGUGCCGAAUACCAAACGAAUACGGCGCAUCGCAAGGAUAUGAUCUAGUUACUCACUCCCUACGCUUUAUCUAGUUUGAACGCAUUGUUUAUGCAAUUGUUGCAUUUAAAUUGGUUUUUGAAUUGGUGCAAAGUAAUUUUAAAUUUUAAAUCUAAUGAUGACAAAUCUAGUAAAUACAAACUUAAUAACAUAUUUCAAAAUUCGAGAUGUCCCUUAGUACCCCAGUAAAUCGUAGGUGUAACUAGGAUAUCUUAGAAAUUACGAGAUUUUCGGGCUUUUACUGUGUAACAUUGUUAAUAUAAAUAGUAGGUAGGUAUAUAUAAAAUUAUUUAAAUUUAACUCCCAUUAAAAUAAUUGUUGAAGUCAAUAAUUAUAUUAUAAUGUAAUAAAAAUGGUAACUUUAUAAGUGUGUUGUGCAAUGGAUUCGGAACAGAAUCUUCUAUUUUAUACAUUUGUACAUACAUUUUCAAAAUGUAAUGAAAAAUCAAAAAUUUAAUGUUAGUUAUUCUAAUUAAAAUCAUAAAUAUUUUUGAAUCACAAUUAUUAUACAUAUUUUCAGAAGUUUCCGAACUAUUAAAGUCGCUUGGGACCAUGUAGAGUCAAGUAUUCUAGAAAAUAUCAUUUUCUAAUUGAUAUUAUUGCCAUUUUAUUAUUGUACUGUGUAAUAUACAAAUAUCUGGAGCCGAGCCAUAAAUUAUUGCUAGUUUGUUUGAUUAUAUCAUCAAUUCACUCGCAUCUUUGAAGGUGAUUUCAUACACUUAAAAAGAGAUUUUGGCUUAAAAUUCGACGUCAUUCUAAGCUCAAUCGCGCGUAAUAAACUUAAUAAUCCUUCGGUUAUAUAACAUUUUGGUUUCGACAUAGGUAGUAGCUAGCGUCAUUUCUUUGACUAUAAUCGUAAAGCGUGUAUGUCUUAUACAUUACGUGCUUGUUAGCUGGUUUACGUAUCAACCAUUAUAUUCCUCUGGUAUGCAAUGCGUUAUAAUAUAUUUAUAUUAAACUUCACUACAGAGCGGCUGAGAUUUUAACUUAUAUUACUAUCGAGUCCCUAUCCGAUUAUUGUAUCUUUCUUACAGUAAAGACCUGAUCUGUAUUGAACUUGAUAAUCUUUCGUAUAUUAUUUUGAUGGCAGCUUUAUUACAUUUCAUUUAGUCAUAAUAUAAUUACAUUACAUAUAAUAACGUAAUUUAUAAAAUAGACGAUGAAUGAUUACGUUUCAAUGAUAUCGUAUCGUAUACAAUAAAUAUGUUGUAAACACCCAUAUAUCCCCCAGAUUAGUUUUAAGAUUUUUUGUUUCGUUCCAAUAUUUUCGUUACACUGAACAGUGUUACAAGUUCACCUCUAUGUGUAGCUAUCGUACCUACCUCUGCAUUGUUGCUUAUCUAAAGGGUUUCUUGUCUCAAAAGAGAAAAAAUUAUAACCAUAAAAUAUAUUUGUAAAAAUGUAUUUAAUUAAAUGUUCCCCAGUUUAAGAAUCGUAUAUAAUUAAGAUGAUAGCAUGACAUAUAUGUUUUACUUAUGGAAGCGUGCUGGGCAAAGGUACUGUGAAGUACAAAAUUCUCGACAAUUUUAAAUACCUACUUAUAUUUAAUUUAACAUGACUUAUAAACGGUUUAUUGAAAUAAACUUAAAGGGACUGUACAUUUUUUUGAAUUCACAUGUAAAUUGAAUAAAGUACAUUUCCAUAAUUUUUUAAUAUUAUCAUGGACGGAAUUCGUUUAACUAUGUAGGCCUACAGUAUGUAAUUGUGUACCUUGUAAAUAAAUAUAUCAAUUAGGUAUUCCUCCUGCAAAGCAACAUAAUUGUAGUAAGUACGUAUUUGUUGUAUGGUAACUUAACUGUGACAGUAUGUUGUUGUGACUUGUGAUAAUCCUUUGGAGACUUAAUAGCUACAGAUUUUGUUUCAUUAUCAUAGCGUUCGGGAUUGGUUGUAAACUUUUUGACUGGGAUACAUUGAUAUCCGAAUGAAUCGUUAGAAUGACGUACGAUACUCUAUUUUACUAAUUUACAACAAAUAUCCUUGACGAAUUAUCGUGGACUGAUAUUGAAUUUGGCAAUUGAGAAGAUCAUUGGUAAGUACCUAUUUUUAAUGGAUUUUAUCAUCUUUAAUGAUAUACCUAAUACAUUAAGAAAACAUUUAUUUAUAAUAAUACUAAAAUACUGGAAAAUUCACCUUUCCAAGUAUCUCAGUAUCAUUUAAAAGUCAUUGUUCAUUACGUGAAAUAAAACAAGAGUCCAGUUUAAUAUACUUUACGUAAAAUAACAUACAAUUGCCAGUAUCAUCGACCUUCUCCAUUGCCAGAUAACACGCUUAUCGAAUGGCAAUACUUGCUCCAUUGUGCUGCUAGCAGGGUAAAUUAGAUUGUACUGGACUAAAAAUGAAAGUAGGUAACGUAGGAUUGUGGUUGUGACCGGACAGUUCGAUUCGAUUACUAAUUUGACCAGGAAUUGGGACCUUCAAAAUUUUACACUAGUAAUCUGUCUAGACAGUUCCCCGUUUAGGAAGGAAAUAAGAGUAUUGAUCGAGACGUACGAUGUGAAUAAGCUAGCAUUAUAAUCCUGAUAUUGACGUUUACGAAAUAGGAAGAAGUGUACAUAUUACACGUAUUAUUAUAAAGGAAAGUGAUUAUUAACAGGAGUUAUGUAAACUAUAAGCUAGAAGCGAGCACACCUGAAAUAACAUUGGAUGUAAAAUGUAAGUGAUGAGUUCGAAACAUUAUUAUUGAUGUGUAGUUUGCAACGAAUGUAGGUAUGUAAUAUUGUAGACUAGGCUAGCUAAGAGGUAAUUAUAAAAGGUCAAUGGAGCAAAUGUUAUAAUAAAGGGCAAUUUAUUGCUGAAGUCUAAUUAUAGUUGAAAUGUUACUGUGUGCAUUGAAUGCACUUGGGAAAAGUUCGCUGUUUGUUAAUAUUGAAUGUAACCCAUACGUGCUUAGACACACGUGUGUAACUGCAUAUAAAUUAAAAAAUAAUUGUUGAAAUUGAAUGAUCUGAAUGUGAUUUUUUGUUAAACUAUGAAUAUACAUACUCUCAUCGAUAGAGCGACCUUAUAUUGUAUUCUGAAUGAAGAGUGGAGUUGUAAAAGGAAUCGAUGUAGUAGAGAAAUAUCUUAAUAAGUAAUGUUCUUUCGUAUUAUACAAUAUAAAUAAUAUUUAGUACACGUUUAAGAAUUGAUGUUUGACGGACAAAUGUUAACGUCCUAUUUAUAAGUAAUUAUGUUGUAUAAUGUUAAAGUUUGUGUCCAAGAUAUGACAUUGAAUAUCGUUACGAUUUAUAAGUUACAUCGGAGUGUUGUCGUGAGCAGUUACGUAAUUAAAAGUUAUUAUAGUUAGUGUGUUGUGUACUGUCUAUUACACAGUUUAACAAAGAGUGCGCGUCAACGAACUGAUAAAAUGAAAAAGAAAACAAAUAAAAGUUAACGAUUCUGUACAUUUGAUAAAAAAACAUGGAAAUGAAAGGAUUUCUUGGACUAAGGACUCUUAGAGUCUCUUGCCCAGUAAGGGAUACCUUUAAAAAAAAAGUAGUUUUAAUACAUAUUUGUACAUUUUAGAAUUGAAGAUGUAAGCAGGUCCCUGCAAGUUCUUUUGACUGGCCUAAAUCAUUUAUUAAGUCGAAAGCAAACUAUCUGAACAAGGAUUAUCUACAAUCCACAAUUGAUUUAUUAAAUAUGAUUUUUUAUUACGUCAUUUGAUAAUUUAAGAGUAAGUACGGAUUAAGGGUUGUGAGAUAUAUAACAUAAUACCUGGUACAUUACUUCCCAAAGAAAAUGUAGUUGUGUCAAUGUUUAUAAGGUCACCUGUUGCUGUUGAUGUUUAGUUGACUGGCAAUAUGCAGUGACGGCCAUCGUGCUCAUCACCUAUCAUGAUAUUAUUUCUCCUUGUAAAAAGUACACAAUGUAAGCAAAACAGAGCGAACGUAUGACAUUAAGGUGCACGUUCUUUAGUCAAGGAAUAAUUAAUUUUCUAAUUCUAUGAAUUAAUUGUACAUCGGUAAUGUAGUUAUUAUGUAUCUGUUUGUGUCAAAGAAAAAUGUAUGUUACAUAUAAUUUGAUGUAAUAAAAUACAAUAAACAAUA